CGGGACUCCUUCGUGAUGAUCCCCUCCAUCGGCAUGGACCGGGACUUUGAGGGCGUGGGCGGGUGGCGGCUGGACGGGAAAGAUGCCGAUGAUGAUGACGCGUGGACCCAGCUCAACUCGCGGCUCGAGCUCCCUCACGACCCGCAGCGGCGACACCACCACCGUUCCCCCUCCGGCGGGGGCGCAACCACCCCAGGUGGCGCCGGAGACUACCUCGUCAUGAAGAGCCCACGGGCAGCACGGUCCAAGGAUGGAUCACCCGAGAACGGCGGCGCCAGGAGGGACAGGGAGAGAAGGCAGCAGGGAAACGGGAUGUCACCCAAUAGCUCUCGGCAGAGAACCCCUACAAACGGGUUGGCGCCUGUACCUCCACCGCUGACCACGAUGGACCGGGCAGACGAGUCGUAUUUCCCGCCUCUGUCGCCAAAGAUUGCUAGGAGAACAGCCUAGGGGUGACCAUGCUCGGUCUAGGGCGAUGAAUUUUGUUGUAUAUGAUGAUGAUAAUGAUGGUGGGGUACGGAAGCACCAAAGUAAUGCCCAGAGAAUUCAAGGGCGUUCGCACCGGCCCCCAUGGUUUGGCAGGUCCUCCUCUCA